ACUCACUCUUCUGUUUCUCAUCAAACCUAGUAGACUUUUCCUUAACAUUUGGCAAAUAAUUUCAAAAUUUUCGUUGCUUGUCAUGAGCGAACCCAUUUCGGGUCGUGGAUUGCGUUGCGCUUACAAUGGCCUUCUACUUUAUAGUGCCUAUUCGACGGUCAAGAAGAUGCAUUUGGCCGAACAUCCUUGUGCAUACAGCGCCUGCAUUGUAAGCGGAACUGUGGCUGUCCUUGGGCUCUUGAGAGUCAUCUUUGGCAGUGGACAUUCGGACGAGUGUCGUAAGUUGCGGGACGUUAAUCAAGGUGUAUUGGAACUGGUGCCGUUGCCUUUGGUCAAUAUGGAGCUAUACAUACGAUCCACGGGAGUGAGUCCUUUAGCCUUGAGUCAUGCCAUCUUUGUCCUGCCUCUGGUGGGGGAUUUGUGCUGCUCUAUUGUCAAAGAACGCCGGCAAUGCGAUAUUAGCGAAUGUCUCAAGGAUCUUACGGUACUGGGAAACAUUGUUUCCCUGGCAUAUCUGGCUCAUGUGGAAGAAAAUUUCAUCUAUAUGCGGAUGAUGCUGGUCAUGGCUGUGAUGAAGUAUGGUGGAGUCUUGGUGGAUAGCAUACACGAGGGCACGGGCGAGGACUUGCAAGUGUGUGGCACAGCCCUGUUCCUGCACCUGUUCGGUAGAGUACUGCGGGAAUGGAAGGACAAGAUGUGAAUUAACCACGAGUAAUAGUAACCAGUUGAGGGGGGGCUGAGAGGUUCUAACCCCUGAUCGCUUUAUGGUUUCAGCAUUAAAUUUUCCAUGAAUUUUUUGGUGACUUUUGUAUGGUAUUAAAUUUCAUUAAGCUGCUUUUCAA